AUGGCUGGAAAAGGAGGAAAAGGACUUCUGGCAACGAAAACAACUGCAGCAGCUAACAAGGACAAAGACAAGGACAAGGACAAGAAGAGACCCGUCUCUCGGUCUUCUCGUGCUGGCAUUCAGUUCCCUGUGGGUCGUAUCCACCGGCAUCUGAAGCAAAGGAUCUCAGCCCAUGGGAGAGUUGGGGCCACUGCUGCUGUCUACUUGGCUUCAAUCCUUGAAUAUCUGACUGCAGAGGUUCUUGAGCUUGCUGGAAAUGCUAGCAAGGAUCUGAAAGUGAAGAGAAUCACCCCUAGGCAUCUGCAGCUGGCCAUUAGAGGAGAUGAGGAGCUGGAUACCCUCAUCAAAGGAACCAUUGCUGGUGGUGGUGUCAUCCCUCACAUUCAUAAGUCUCUCAUCAACAAAACCACCAAAGACUGA